AAUGACCAGGAAACCUCGACUCACCUGAUAUUACUGCCCUUGUAUUAUUGUUUUCGACUUCCGCAGGAUUUCAAAGAUGACACUGUAACAUCACAAUUUUGGAAAGGGCAAAAUGACCGAAUCCGACGAGCUGCCAUCGCUGUACCUAUUAGAUCACGUAACCAGAUAAGACGAGUCGAACUAGUUGGACUGGUCAAUUGUAACGUUUGUCCAUUUAGAUAAGACGUCAUGAGAUCGAUCCUGCUUUUUCUGACGUUGUGCUCGACAGUCUUUUGGCCCAUACAGGGAUCACGGAUUGGGAAAUUAGAAGAUGAAGUCAAAAGUCUUCGAAGCUUCGUAUACAGCGAGUUAUCAUCUAUUCGACAUGAGGUCAAAGAACUCGUCAACAGAGUCGACAUGUUGGAGAACAAUACGGUUACGCACGACCCGAGCAGUCUUAGCCAAGACAUGUACAGUACUUCUUACAACGUUGUUGAUGAGACUGGAGAAAAUGGCAAGCAACUCGUACAUGACGAGAUAAACGAAGCAAGUCAUGUUGUAAAGGCAGAGGUUCAAAAUAUGCGCAAGGCUUACGCAAAUGACACACAGGAAUUACAUCAACUGAAGCAUGAUUUUAAGGUUCAACUGAGAGAGCUUGAACCAAAGAUAACUAGCCAUAUGCAUAACCUGACUGCAGACGUGCAACACAAUAUCGAGAACAUUCAUGAAAAUAUAUCGCUGGCAAACGCUAAUUUGUCAGAGUUCAUGAAUUGGUCUUUUACAAACGUUAGUAUUUUUUCGGACAAUGUCGAAAUGGAAAUAAAAACGUUUUUAGAAAACACCAGUCAACACCUUGCUUUACAAUUUAAUGAAACAGAAUCAAACAUAAAACAAAACAUUUCUUUAACAUACAGUCAGAAUGAAAACAACCUUGAACGAUUCAUGGCAAUUUCUGAUCGAAAUGUUAGUGAAAUAAUUUUAAAAGCAGACAACCUUGUCAGAAUAUUACGUAGUAACUUUUCGGACGUGCCGACUCAAAUAAUUGAUUUAGCUUUAGAACUACAAGCAACUAAAAAUGACAUAAAAGCUAUAGAUGAGAGGCUGGGGAAUACAAUUGAGUCAAAUGUAAGUGAAUUAGAGAAAGAAAUUGCUUCUUUAAAAGAAUGUAUAUACAAAAAAAUUACUCACGAUGGUUAUUAUUACCCAUGCGAAAAAAAUGUACGUUUGGCCAAUGCGUCUUUCUAUGGCUCCAAGGGUGUCCAGGGACGGCUAGAGGUCAAUCACGAUAAUAAUUGGGAAACAGUUUGUGAUGACAGCUUUCAGUAUGCAACGGAAUCUUACAACACAAACAACGUAGACGUGGUGUGCAGGAUGUUCCGGUUCCGGGAAUGUAAGUAUGUGGUGGAGGCGGGUCUGGGUAAGGGCAGUGGAGACAUCUGGAUGGACCAUGUGAUAUGCGGAGGAGGAGAAAGUAGCUUCCUAGAAUGCCCUCAAAUUGGGUGGUGUGUUCACGACUGUGGUCAUGGUGAGGACGUAGGGUUCCGUAUGUGGAAUUAAUUUACUGUAACCAUAAUAUCACGAUGGAUGUGAUAGAAUGAAAAUGUCAUGUAUUUGUUUUCCUGGAUUUACUGACAAUAUAUGAUGAAUUCUCAAUUGCAAUGUUGUUUAGUGUUUUGUUUAUAAUAUCGGUUGAUAAUUUUCAAAAGUGCAUUUAAACCAAUGUUGUUAAAAAAUAAAUAAAUAAGAAACAGAACAAUGAGUGGUAAUAGUGGAUUGAAAGAGAAUAACAGAACUUCCGCAGAGCACGCCAGAAAAGUAAUUUUAUGCAUCGCCAUGUUCUGUUUGUUUAUGAAGAUGCAACGAAAAUGUGACCUCUUUAUUACGGCUGUUUAAGUUUAAGCUGAGAACUUAGCUACGGAUGCUCCUACAAUAUCAUUACUCAAAUGAUAUCACAUAUGAUUAUUAUCGUCCCUAGACUCCUAUAAGCAAGGAUUUAUGAAGAACAAACAAUUGGGUUUACGCAAAUGUACAAUCGCUCGUACAUCAUCUGAGAAUACCACGUGUAUUUAUGCAGCGAAAAAACAGAACAGAUCAAAAGUCAAGUGGCUUUAUUUAUUUUGAUGACAGGACGUCCGCCAUAAAAAACAACAAAAUGAAUAGCCGUUAUCUAUGCAACCAUAUCUAAAUCUUAAUGUAUUUAUGUAACAUCCAAUUGUCCAAGUAGAGAAAUUUAGCCAGUUUGUGAAAGAAACUUUA